UAUAUACUUAUGCAUACCGUACAGACCGUAUAUACUUAUGUAUACCGUACAUACCGUAUAUACGUCCGUAUAUCAAGCAUAUACGAGAUCCAAAAAUAUUUGUAAGAGGUAAGGUUCGAACUCCCGACCUCGAACACGAAGGUUUUGCUCCCAACCACUGAAGCAAGAGCUGCCUUCAUUAAUAUAUGCUCACGUGUUAUAUUUAUUAUGUCAUAAGUGACAUAAAUAAAAUAACGGGGAAGACAAGGUUCGAAACCUCAACCUGCCGCACGAAACCUUUGUCCCCCAACCACUGGAGCACAAGCUGUGCUUAAUAUAAUGUGUACAAAUGUUAUACUUAUUAUGUCAUAAGCGAACAUAAUAAAAAUAAACGAGAGGCAAGGUUCGAACCUCUGACCUCUUGUACAAGAGCCUUGCUCUUCAACCACUAGAGCACCAGCUGCUCUCGUUACUAUCCAUGCAACUUCUUUCAUUUAUUCUAUCAUAAGCGAUAGAAUAACAACAAACUGUCGGUACACUCCACGUGCCACGACACGUCUCUUCCGUGAUUUACGGAAAGCAAAUCACUUUCUGCUAAAGCUGUCUGCCACAGCGUCUCGAGGUUCGGCCUGUCCCCUUACACGCUCAACACGCGCCAACAGCUUUUCCGGGUUUCGGGGCGACUUUAAUCCAACGCGUAGAAUGAAUCACAGGAAUCGUCCAUCCAACGGUGGAGAUCUGCUCACCUCGCUCUAUAAAUAGGUGCAUUCUGGAGAAAAACUGUUCACACCAAAGAAAAGAAAUUUUCCCCAGCCAUUCUCUCUCAAACUCUUCAGCCUUCCUCUCGAAACUCAAAUCCUUUCUUCAUCAAUUUCAAUCCUUCUCCUCCCGAUCUUCUCUUCCAUCUGGUAGAUUCAAUCUCUUCUUUUCUCUGAACUUUCAGAUCUCCAACCCACCAUCAUCAUCCUUAAUCCCUUUAACAACAACUCCUUCAAACACCCGACAACUUUACUCUUCGAUCUUCACAUCCCCUCAACCCAUCACCAUGGAACCACGAACUCUGCAACUGAUGGAGCUACAAACCCAGCAACAAAUCGAGGAUGGAGGAAACAACCAAGCAGCCGGGAGUAGUGCCAACACAGAUUUCUGGCGAAGCCGUGCCAGGUGGGUUCCUACUCCAGAUCAAAUAAGGAUCCUCAGGGAUCUUUACUACGACAAGGGAGUUAAGACCCCAACUACAGAGCAGAUUCACGAGAUCUGUCUCCAGCUGCAACAGUAUGGACAGGUUGAGGGCAAGAACAUUUAUUUUUGGUUCCAGAAUGUCAGGGCUCGAGAGAAGCAGAUGAAGAGGUGCAAUCAGGCUGCUCAAGUGCCCAUGGGAACUAGUUCUCCUGGUACUGGUGGAUCCAUUGAUCUCAAUUUUGGGUCCACUGGUUCUACUGGUGCUGGUGGAUCCAUCGACAUCAAUUUUGGGCCAGCUGGUGGAUCCAUUGACAUCAAUUUUGGGUCCACUAGUUCUACUGGUGCUGGUGGAUCCAUUGAUCUCAAUUUUGGUUCCACUGCUUCUACUGGAGGACAAUCUUCCAUGGAACAACGAGGAGGAGUUCGCCAGGAGUUUGAAACUCUUCCUCUGUUCCCCGUGCACGGCGAGGACGUCUAUGGUAACCCGAAGACUACUUCCGAGGAAGGUAGCGCAUAUGAUUACUAUUUCGGUGGCGCAGGCGGUUACAACCGUGGAUCUCCAGUUUCUCUUGAGCUCAGCCUCAACCCAUCCGGAGCUACUGAUUAGGCUUAGUAUAGCGUAGUUCCAAUUUCCUUUUUGUAAUAUUAAAUCAAUAAGAUGGUGUGCAUGUUCUCUUUUCUUUUUGUUUAACCAACAACAACACCAAGGAUCGAACCUUGGUCACCCAAUACUAUUUUCAAAACCAUAAACAACUCUACUGCACACAUCUUUCAUAAUGAUGCAAUAAAAACAAUCACUCAAAAAGAAUCCAACAAUCAAUUAAGUCGCAUCGAGGUCUAGCUAGUAUCCUCUGAGUCAAACCAAACACAAACAAUUUCAUCGAUAGGAUUAGGGAUUUAUAAAGCUAAACACAUCCUGAGUUAGCUAGGAAAAACCCACGUCUUUAGAGUUACUCUUACAAAUCUUAUAAAAUCUCAACCAUUUCCUCUAUUAAUUGCUCCAUUAAACUUACCACAAUUCAUACCCUAUGAAUUUACGAUUUAGAAACCGAAUCAAACUCCAUAUCGCAUAGUAAUUCACUUGAACCACUAUGGAUACCCAACAAUGUCACUACAAUCAAUACCCAAAAUUGCACUUAACCAUUUCUCCUAAAAUCCAUCACCACAGAAACACACCCUCAUCUAAUAACAUUUACAGAGAGUUGACUCUAAAUCUCCCCAUUAUUUACCGACCAAGAUCAAACUCCAUUUCAAAACUUUAAGUGUCCCGCCUACUUAAACUUAAAACACAAACAACCUCAAAUUCACUUCAGUCCAACUCCAUACUACGAUCCAAAACUUAAGAAAACUAGUUCACAAAAUCAAUUUCCUUCACUUAAAUAAAACUAUGUCCACAAGUCAUAGUCAGGUCAACAGACCAAGGUGUCCAAACGGAGAAUUUCCAAUCCAGUUGUCUUUGUGAAACGCAAAAUAUCAAUCAAAAUGAUGCUCGCAACAUCAACCACGUAUACAAAACAUGUUCCUCGGAUCUCGAUUUAAAUUUAGAAAUACUAAAACUACCACUAGUCCCACUUCAAAUAGCCCUUAAGAUUUUAGGUACUCGGAGAGAACUCAAAUAUAUAGUCGUUCGUCUCAAUCACUCAAACACGAGAUCAAACUCCGUUCUCGCACCUCAAACUCUGCUCAACAACUUACAAGCACAUGGAAGAAUUAACCACAAUAAUUUCUUCCCUAACCGCAACACUACUCACAACUCCACAUGAGUCUAGAAUCUAUUCAGAUGCAUCUGUAUGUCCAACUUAAGAAGGCAAAAUUACUAUCAAUUAAUACUCGUAUCCACAUCAGAUACGAGCAUAGGUCCACACCAUGCCUUCAACCAAACACUUCUACAUACAAAAGGAAACUCAUUUCCAUAAACAAUCCUCACUGACUCAUCAGAGUUAAAUCCGGAGGUUUCCAUUCCUCAAAGAUUACAACCUGCGGAAACUAAACUUAUUCUAAUACGAACUUAGAAGACAACUCUACCGUCCUACUGACAUACACGCUGUCUAGACCCCAUACUAAGACAUACCCAAUGAUUAUACCAGUACCGAAGAGUAUACGAUGGGGAUCCGCUGCAGACGGGCCAUCACUCGGGGAGUACUGAUUAUCACCAAAUAUGUACCUUACGCUCUGAUACCAAACUGUCACGCCCCGAAUUUUAAAUACAAUUAAAAAUCCGAAACAUGAAUUAAUACAACUCACAUAAAUACAACCUGAAUUUUUUUCUCAAAACAACCACACCUCACAUCGCUCGAUAUUACAUAAACCAAAUCUCAAAUUUGUUUAUUACAGCACACUCUCACCAAAUUAUAUUGUAAGGCUCAAAUGAGCAUAACUCACCUCACAAUUACAAUUGCUGUAAAACUAAAACAAAUUCUCUAACCCGCACGAUCACCGUCCUGAUUCUCCUGACCUGCAGGA